GACAGCGGAUUUCGAGCAUCCAGCAUAGAUUCCAGCCUAUUCACUCAUCUUUUCUGUGCAUUUGCUGAUCUUGAUCCCAAUACUUACCAAGUCACCGUUACUUCCUCAAACUCAGCCCAAUUCUCGAGCUUCACACAAACAGUCCAACAAAAAAACCCUUCUGUGAAAACCCUCUUGUCCAUUGGUGGAGGCAAUGCUACUAUUGCAGACACCUUUGCUUCAAUGGCAAGCCAACCCAGCAGGCGAAAAUCAUUCAUUGACUCUUCCAUUAACUUAGCCAGGUCCUACAACUUCCAUGGCAUUGACCUUGAUUGGGAGUACCCGGACACCACCACUCACAUGACCAACUUUGGCACCCUUCUCACCGAGCUGCGAGCUGCUGUGGCCAAUGAGUCCCAGACAUCUGGCAACACCGAAUUGCUUUUAGCCGCUGCAGUAUUUCGCUAUGCAGAUUACUAUACCAUAAAUUACCCCAUUGAGUCCAUAUCAAACAGUUUGGACUGGAUCAAUGUAAUGGCUUAUGACUUCUAUGGCUCUGCUUGGGACUCAAGCAGAGCCAGCACUGGACCACCGGCUGCAUUGUACAACGCAACCACUAGCCAGGUUAAUGGGGAUGCUGGCAUCACAUCUUGGGUUCAGGCAGGUUUGGGUGCGGAUAAGAUAGUGCUGGGCCUUCCAUUUUAUGGGUAUGCAUGGCGUUUGCUGAAUGCUGAUGAGCAUGGCCUUUUUGCUCCAGCUGAUGGACCGGCUGAUGGACCUGCUAUUAGGACAGAUGGGAGCAUAAACUACAAGGACAUACGGGACUUCAUAAGCCAGAAUGGGACACAGACAGUGUACAAUGCGACGGUUGUUACAAACUACUGCUACUCUGGGACAACAUGGAUUGGCUACGACGACACACAGAGUAUCUCUGCCAAGGUUUCAUAUGCUAAGCAAAGGGGACACGGGUUUUUUGAAUUGGUGAAUACUCACUAUGGGUUGGAGUGCGAGGCAUAUUCCAAGAUUUUUCAGGGU